AUGUUCAGGCGGAUGUUUCCCGCAAUGAGAGUGAAGAUCUCAGGUUUAGACCCACAUCAGCAGUAUUAUAUUGCUAUGGAUAUCGUGCCGGUGGAUAACAAAAGAUACAGGUACGUUUAUCACAGCUCCAAGUGGAUGGUGGCUGGUAAUGCUGACUCCCCAGUACCGCCUCGUGUCUAUAUUCACCCCGAUUCCCCUGCCUCUGGGGAGACGUGGAUGAGACAAGUGAUCAGCUUCGACAAACUGAAGCUUACCAAUAAUGAGCUGGAUGAUCAAGGGCAUAUUAUCCUUCACUCUAUGCAUAAAUAUCAGCCUCGGGUCCACGUCAUCCGAAAAGACUGUGGAGAUGAUCUGUCCCCUGUCAAGCCGAUCCCUUCAGGAGAAGGGGUGAAAGCCUUCUCCUUUCCAGAGACAGUUUUCACUACUGUCACAGCGUACCAAAAUCAACAGAUAACUCGUCUGAAGAUUGAUAGGAAUCCAUUUGCCAAAGGCUUUAGGGAUUCGGGACGUAACAGAAUGGGACUGGAAGCUCUGGUAGAGUCUUAUGCCUUCUGGAGACCUUCACUGAGGACACUUACAUUUGAAGAUAUACCUGGGAUACCCAAACAAGGAAAUGCAGGUUCCUCUACUUUACUCCAGGGAUCUGGCAGUGGAGUGCCAUCUACCCACCCUCACCUUUUACCGGGUUCCCCUUGCUCAUCUCCAGCUUUCCACCUGAGUCCCAACACUAGCCAGCUCUGUAGCCUUGCUCCAGCUGACUACACAGCUUGUGCCCGCUCAGGCUUGACCCUGAACAGAUACAGCACUUCUCUGGCUGAAACCUACAACAGGCUCACAAACCAAACCAGUGAGACAUUUGCACCCCCAAGGACUCCCUCCUAUGUCGGUGUGUCGAGUAGCACAACUGUGAAUAUGUCUAUGAGCGGCAAUGAUGGGGAUGCCUUCAGCUGCCCACAGACUGGCUUAUCUAUGCAGAUUUCAGGGAUGUCUCCACAGCUCCAGUACAUCAUGCCAUCCCCAUCCAGCAAUGCCUUUACCACUAACCAAACCCACCAAGGCUCCUACAACACGUUUAGACUGCACAGUCCCUGUGCGCUCUAUGGAUAUAACUUUUCCACAUCCCCUAAACUGGCUGCCAGUCCUGAGAAAAUCGUUUCUUCCCAAGGAAGUUUCUUGGGGUCCUCGCCAAGUGGAACCAUGACGGAUCGGCAGAUGUUGCCCCCCGUGGAAGGAGUGCACUUACUUAGCAGUGGGGGGCAGCAGAAUUUCUUUGACUCUAGGACCCUAGGAAGCUUAACACUCUCAUCUUCUCAAGUGUCUGCACAUAUGGUUUGA